AUGGAUCACUUAUUGUCGGAGAGAACGUUAGUGACAGUUGUUUUGGUUUUCUUUGCUAAUAGAGUUCGCAAUGCAGAAGCUGUUAAUGCCACAUAUCCUGCAUUGUUUGCAUUUGGAGACUCAAUUCUUGAUACAGGAAAUAACAACGGUCUUGGGACCUUUUCUAAGUGCAAUUUUCCUCCAUAUGGAGGAGACUUUGGAGAACCUACAGGAAGGUUUUGCAAUGGAAAAAUUCCAACAGAUUUGAUAGCGGGAGAUUUGGGAAUCAAGCAAACUGUUCCAGCAUAUCUAUCUGACAAUUUAUCGGUUGACGACCUUCUAACGGGUGUAAGCUUUGCUUCAGGUGGCUCAGGAAAUGAUAACCUCACAGCUACCACUUUGCAAGUUUUAACAUUAUCGGACCAACUACAAAAUUUCAAAGAUUACAUACAAAAGUUGAAUGCGUCUGUUGGACCACAAAAAGCAGCUUCCAUCGUGUCCAACGGCUUGUACCUUUUUUCAGCAGGGAACAAUGAUAUUGCACUUACCUACACUUUGAACUUUGCCGGUAGCACGUCGCAAAAUUUCACUAGCUAUGCUGAUAGCUUAGUUGGCUGGGGUUCAAAUUUCCUCAAUAAUUUGUAUCAACUCGGAGCACGACAUGUGUGGGUUUUAAGCACAUUGCCCCUAGGAUGCUUGCCCGGACCUAGAUCUGUAAAAGGUGGACUUUUUAGAGUGUGCUCAAAUGACAUCAAUGAUGAAGCGCAAUUCUUCAAUACCAAGUUAAAGGAAGAGGUUUCCACAUUGAAAAAUCAACCCAACCUUCCGAAUUUCGAUGUUACGUUCAUUGAUGUCUAUAAUCCUAUGAUGAACCUCAUACAAAAUCCUUCAAGUCAAGGGUUUACAAACAUAGACAGCGGGUGUUGUGGGACUGGGUUAUUGGAAACCGCAUUGCUAUGUAACGCGUUGAGCGUUUUAUGUCAAAAUACAUCAGAAUACUUAUUCUGGGAUUCUGCCCAUCCAACUCAGAGAGCUUAUGAGCUUAUUGUCGAUGAUAUACUAAAAGCAAACAAUAUUCCAAGGUUCUUGGCUGAUUCUCGUGCAAAUUCUACCUAG